AUGGAUCACAGAAACAAAAGUCUUCUUGACAACAUUGAAGAACUCCAUUGGAACCAAAGUAAGAGAAUGAGCCUGACUCCAACACUUCCUGUGAUUAAGGAAGAAGAAAUCUCUGAAGAAGACAUGGGUGAUGUGGCCGCUGGAGGAGCCUCUUGGUUGAGCGAACCAGGUGAGGGGACCAGCGGGCUUGAAAAUGUCCCAAGCACCCCCGACAAAGCACCAGAUUUCGAAGACUUGCUCAAAGAGGUACUCAACAAGAAGGUGGUUGAUUUGGUGCAGUUCCUCAGUGUCAAGUAUGUAACAAAGGAGCCUGUCACAAAGGCAGAGAUGGUGCAGAUGGCUGUCAAAGAGUACAAGGACUACUUCCCUCUGAUCUUCAAGAAAGCCCGUGAGUGCUUAGAAGUGGUCUUUGGUGUCCAUGUGAAGAGAGUGGACCGCACAAGUCGUUCCUAUGCCCUUGUCAAUAUGCUCGACCUCACCUACGAUGGCAUGCUGAGUGGUGACGAGGGCAUGCCCAAGACCGGCCUCCUGAUACUCAUUCUCGGUGUAAUCUUCAUGGAGGGCAACCGUGUCCCUGAAGAUAAGAUUUGGGAAAUGCUAAACAUGAUUGGUGUUUUUUCUGGAAGCAUGGAUUUCAUCUAUGGGGACUCUAAGAAGCUCCUCACCAGAGAUUUAGUGCAGGAAAGGUACUUGGAUUACCACCAGGUGCCCAACAGUGACCCGGCCCGCUAUGAAUUCAUGUGGGGUCCGAGAGCCUAUGCAGAAACCAGCAAGAUGAAUGUCCUUAAGUUUUUUGCCAAAGUUAGUGGAAAGGAUGCCAGCUCCUACCCAUCCUUGUAUGAGGAAGCCUUGAGAGAUGAAGAAGAGAGAGCCAGGGCAAAAAGUGCCUCUGCAGCCAGUCCAAGUACCACCAGCAGCAGCAGCAGCCGCCCCAGCCCCAGCCGCAGCUGUAGCCCCAGCCCCAGUGAAUUCUAA